GUCCUGUCACUGUUGAUGCUCUCUAGAGCUCAGCAGCUGGAGAGAAACAUUGGCUAAGGAUGGUCAAAGCUGGGAAGGGAAAAGGCAAGGAGGGAAAAGGAUGAAAUGAAAAGAGCUAGGAGCCACGCUGGAGAGUACAAACAGCCUGCUGAACUGUGAUGCAUGAGGGAUGAAGAAAACAGACUGUGAUUGACUAUGUGGACCAUCUGGGUGAUCUUCUGGAUUUCAACUGUCCCGAUCAAAGCCAUUCCACCUGUCUGUGACCUUCUGAGUGUCCUGAAAAGGGAGGAAGAAAAGUGUAUGGAGACUCUGUCCCUGGAGGCAAGGAACAGAACGACUGAAAAUGAUCUGCUCCUGAGCUCAGGCAGAUGUGCUGGAAUGUGGGACAACAUGAGCUGCUGGCCUUCAUCCACUGUGGGACAGACUGUCAAUGCUCACUGCCCUGAAUUCUUUCAGAUGCUGACUGGGAAAAAAGGUUUUGUGUACCGAAACUGUACAAGUGAGGGCUGGUCAGAGCCCUACCCGAGACCUGACAUUGCUUGUGGCUACAAUGUCAACGACACAACCAACGAGGCCAGGCGCUCCUAUUUCAUGACCCUGAAGACCAUGUACACCAUCGGGUACUGCACCUCCCUUGUGACAUUGAUGAUAGCCUUGGUGGUCCUGGCCUCCUUUAGAAGGCUUCGCUGCACAAGGAACUACAUCCACAUGCAUCUCUUCACAUCGUUCAUUUUGCGAGCCUCAUCCAACUUCAUCAAGGAUGCUGUCUUGUUUUCCUCUGAGGACACAAAUUACUGUGGGGCAUACACGGCUGGCUGCAAGCUCACCAUGGUCUUCUUUCAGUAUUGCAUCAUGUCUAACUACAGCUGGCUCCUCGUGGAAGGACUGUACCUCCACACUCUCCUGGUGAUUUCCUUCUUCUCGGAAAGGAAGUUCCUCUGGUGGUUCAUCGCCCUUGGAUGGGGUGCCCCAAUGGUGUUUGUGGCAGCAUGGGCGACGGCUCGGCAACUCCAUGAAAAUAUUGGGUGUUGGGACAUUAACACUGAUGCCAAUACCUGGUGGAUCAUUAGAGGCCCCAUAGUUGUGUCUAUAUUUAUUAAUUUCAUUCUCUUUGUCAACAUUUUAAGAAUCCUGAUGAGGAAGCUCAGCUCCCCUGAAAAACGGAGCAGUGAUUUCAACCAAUACAAGAGACUUGCAAAGUCAACACUCCUCCUCAUCCCUCUCUUUGGGGUCCACUAUAUCAUCUUUGCUUUUUUCCCUGAGGAUGCAAGCAGUGGUACAAUGGAAAUUCAGCUGUUUUUUGAGUUGGCUCUUGGAUCAUUCCAGGGCUUUGUGGUGGCUGUACUUUAUUGUUUUCUUAAUGGUGAGGUUCAGCUGGAAGUUCAGAGGAAGUGGAGGCAGUGGCAUUUAAGCAAGCACUGGCGACAGCAUCUCAGCACCUCAGCCAGCAACGGGGGAAGCGGCUUGACUCAAGAGAUGCAGAUGGUGAGGUCCAGCCCCGCAGAGCACAGGAGAGGAACCCUCCAAAGGUCAAGUGUGCUCUAGCUCUGUGCACCCGAGGGUGCCUCCACGCCCAGACACACACGGCUGAGUCCCCUGCACUGAGCUGGGAGUCCUGUGUCCAUGUCCAAACGGAUCAGCGGUUCUUGGAGCACGUCUGUUCGUGUAGAUCCUGUGCAGCACCAUGGUUGUUUUGCAAAGCAAAAUGGGCCAAAAUAUUAUGCCCUUCCUAGAGUUUCUGCCCACAGUAAUUUGUGUUUCUUUCCACACCUGCUGCUAGUUCUACCUUAAAUGUGGCCUUCCAUUUUCCAUGUGGCUCUCCAGCAUGUUUCAGGCUAAGUCAGGCUGGUGUUUUUUUGUUCUUUAUUUUUCUGCUGCAGAAGCUGGGAGGACACUGAAAUUUAUAUGAUGAAGGUUACAUGCCAUCUUCCAUGGGUUUGAAAUGUAAACUUAAUUAAUCCCUAGAAUUUAUCAAGGUUCAAAGCCUUUCUGUUGUGGAUGAAUGGGUGAUGGACACUGAGAACAUAAGGCACAGCUGAGCUCCAGUUUCCUCUCAUAUCCUCCUCAUAUCCAUGGCUCCAGUGACAGUGGCAGGCUCACACAGGUUUUUACCUUUGCCUCUUUUAGUGGUGGAGACCUUGGAAACAACAAUGGUUCAAUUUGGAUAUUUUGCAUCAUUUUGAAAUGGUAUCAAAGCUAUUACAACAUAUUCCAAGGGUGACCAAAAAAACUUCAGUAAGAUAGCUCAUUCCUAUUGUGUCUGUACCUCUGAGACUUGACCAGCUUGUAUUUGAAGGGAAGAAAUGAAAGCUCUUGAGACAGUUAAAGGUCAAUUGAACUGGACAGUAGAAACUAUCUGGUAAAAAACAAUACCAUAGUGGUAUUCUUUAGAAUCUACAGUCCCUCUGUGUACUGAAAUCUGCAAGGCUGUGCACUGUAAUAUGCUGUCAAAAAAUAUCUGAGCUAUCACAGCUUUAUGCUCUUAAGGACAUAAUUAAGCACACUUCUCUGUUUUGAGUGGGAAAGGGAUAAAAUAAUUCAUCUGACAAAUGAAAUCAAAUCUCCUACUUGAUUUUGUAUCCACAUUUCCCUAGUUGGGGUGAUUUUUGGCUGGGUUUCUUCAAGAGCAAAGAGGCUUGAACUGAAAGCACAUGGUGUUUAUCACUUCUCCCUCCUCCCAAUCACCUACAAGACAUUGGCAAAACAUGCAUGGCAUGUCAAAUGCUGCCUAGGCAGCAUUCCCCAACCCCCUCUGCCAAAACUGCUCCAACGAGCUUUUAAUCACACCAAAUGCCUACGUGGUAUGCUUUUGCCAUUUUAUCACAAGACAAACGUGCAGAGAAGUUCAAAGGAUACAUUCAAGCUUAAAUUAACUGUACUGAAGCAGGUUUUUGAGCGAUGCUAGCUGUCUUUGAAACUCUGAGAUUCAGGGAAAAAAAUAUUUUUUUCACUGGCAGUGCUGACAGUUAUCCCACACCCUCCCUGGUGCAGCAGGUGCUGCAGGCAGGAGAGGGAGGGCACUCAGCAGCAGGGAGAGCUCUGUGCCUGCUCAAGCCUGCCCUCCUGGUUGGCUUUCUUGCUUCAUGCAGGUCAUCCAGCUGUAGGAGAGUUGAACCUUUUUAGGACCAGGAAAAAAAUAACGAGAUGUAAAGCUGUAAACUGGCAAGUGUUUCAAGGAAUUACUUUAAACUUAUAUUUUUGGAAAUAGUAAGGUUUCCAGUUGGCUUUGUCCUUUAAAAAUCAGCCAAAACAAGUGGAAGGAAGAACAGAAGCAGGAUGAAUCCCAUGACCAAAGGAGAAGUGAAAGCCCCUCCCUGAAGGCUGGAAUGAAAGAUCUGACUUUUUGCUGACUCAACCCAAGCAAGCAGAGUCUCCAAACUUGUCAGGGGUUCACUCUGUCCCAGUGCAUUUAGCAAAUCAGAUACUUCCAAAAAAAUGUAACCUUAAUUUCUCUGUGGCCUAUAAAUGAGACCAAGAAGGGUGAAACAACUUGUAUGUUCCCUCUCUGAGAAUUAAACAUUCAUCCUUCAGGCCAAAGCAGCUGUUUGUUUUAAAUGCAAGUGCCUCCGUCCAGCAUAAAUGAAGAAAUACAGAUCCAGAGAUACAAUAAGAUGUAAUUAAUUAGAUCUGAUGCAAUUAUUGGCUCUCACACGAGCCAGUGUAAGAGCUCAGCCCUGCAGUGCAUAGCUAGGACCAGCACAAGACUGGGAGGAGCCCAGGCUGAGCAUAAUACCUAUUUGUACAGGGGCCUGCCACAUACCCCAGAAAAAAAAUACUGCUUGUUUUUAUAUUUAAAAACCCACCAGUUCUAGCAUAAAUUAUUGUUUUACAUGGCCAUUUUGGUUUUAUUUGUCUUGCCUGAAAUAACCAAGAAAAAUGAAUUAUUCCCAGAUUCUGUAUAACAUGUUCACUUCGGGCAUCAAGCACAAGCCCUGUUUGUAUGAAGAGCUGAGUAACUCCAUAAAAGCUCCUGGAUGUCAGCUGGAAUUUGGAGUCCUCAGCUCUUGGGGAAGAGCACAUCCACUCGGGAAGAUAUGAGAAGCAGGCAGCCCCUGGAGUUAUGAUGCUGUGACCUUGUCCUGGUUUCUGCUGGCCGUAGGAAGCUGCUGCCAACCACCACCACAGGGGAAUGGGUUCUUACCUUCCCCAUCUCCUGGGCUCCCUGCCCUGCUGGGGAUCUUGCUUGUUUAGCUGUGCUGAAGGAUGCUAGAGAAAAGAGCUGCUUAGCUCUGGGGACAUUGACAUAUUUGUAAGCAGAUGAAGAGGAACAGGAAAGCAGACCUCAGGGAGCAAUGCAAAAGCAGGAGAUGAAGGCACAGAGGGUGAACACAAGCUCCAUAUUCACGGAGCCCACCCACUUUCCUUUCAUUGCACUUGCCCCUGGGUAUUCAGUGUAAUAUGGUGGCUUUACCAGUAAAUAGGACCUGAGUACCACCUUUCACACAGGCAGUUGUCAUUGUUCAGGGACACUGGUGACAGCCUCUGGCUAUUCAGCCCAGGUGCCCUGAGGAGCCAGUUGUUCUUCUGCAAGCCAGCAGGAGCAUCAGCAGUGAUGAAUUUAAGAGGAAGCCAUUAAUGGAUUUUCUCUCCAACACUGGCAACAAGGAAGUUCCUAGCGAAACCAUCAAACACAAAACCCAAUAGUUGUUCAGUGAAUAAUGACAUUGUGCAAUGCGUGGGGAGCUGAAAGGGGCUGUUUCAGAAGGGUUGGUACCGAUUCAGUGGGGCUGGGUCCAGUGAAGGUGAGAGGCCGCAGGAAUUCAGGCAACACCCCUUCCAAGACACUGCCUGGGGCAGACCUUGUUUACCCCGAAAUGAGGCCCUUCUUGCAUGUGCCAGCUGUCCUGGAAGGUUGAGAAGAAGGGCCAUUAUCAGCUCACCAUAGGCCCCAGCAGAGGGAAAGACAAAGCAGGUGAGAACAGUCAUGUGAUAUAUCCUUGUAACCACCUUCCUGUGGCUUGCAAAAGCAAGCAAGGCUCAACCCCAUUCCCGGUGUCCCUACAAGCACAGCUGAUGAAUAUAUUGGAGACAAAAUCAAAAUAACAUGCUCUAGAGGACCCUGCUGGAGCAGGGAGGCUGGACUAGAUGACCUCCAGUGCACCCUUCCAACCUUAACGAUUCUGUGAUUCUGGAAAAACACACUCCAGGCAGGAAAUUUCCCUAGCCAGCAUGCCCUGUAUCAACAUUUCCUUAUUCUUAUCCACAGGCAAUGGCUUGUGUACAAGUGUCUAAUUAAAGUUAGUCUAAACGGCUCAUUAACAAGAAGUGAUGUUCAUUACCCUGCUUUUAAGAGAUGUUAAACUGAGACAGGCCAACGACCUCUCCUGUUGGAAAGAGAACACCAGGUGCUAAUUAACUUGAGAUUACAUAAACUAAUUCAGUGGUGUAGCUGGGAAGCUCUUUUCCUGACACUCAACUAAACCUGCUAAUACAGUGAGCUCUGAGAAAAACACAAAUACAUUUGUACUCAGAUACCACUUCUUGCAGGCCAGACAAUCAGAGCUGAGGAAAAGAGCAAGGAUGCUUCAGACACGGGGUGCAGUGUGGGAACAGGAAGGAGAAGGACACAGGAAAGAGCUCUUUAGCUGGUAAACAGAGCACAUGCAACAGCAGGAAGUCAUUAAAGCGCCUACAAGGUUAUCUCAAAUUCCCACGAAGCAACACAGCUGACUGCCCUUCUUGUUUUGCAAGACAAGAAAGCAGUGCUGGCUUCUUGGGCUGGGGCAGACACUGGAGGGAAAAGGAGAGGGGAGUGUGUAGUGGCCUCAGCU